UCUGUGCACGCAAUUGUUUUCGCGAAAAAACGAAUACUUUAUAUUUAUUAAUUUAGAAUUAACAAAAAGAGAUAAUAUUUGUGAACACAUUAUAAACUACGUGAAUAUUAUAUAUAUCAAUCGAACAAAUUGAGCUAUUUUAAAAACAAAUAAUGCCCGUAUUAUAUUAUUUUCCUCUGAGUCCACCUUCCCGAGCUGUUAUACUCGUGGUAGAGGCAAUAGGGCUCGAAAUGGAAUUGGUAGUAUUGAACACGAUGGCUGGUGAACAUUUGACACCGGAAUACGAGGAGUUAAAUCCACAAAAGACAGUUCCUUUUCUAAUCGACGAUGAUCUUAAAAUAUCAGAAAGGUUUGUAGAAGCGUCUUAA